UAACUUAAAACUUAAAAGUGCUAAAGUAAAUUAAGAAUUAAGAUAGUAAGUUGUGAUUGUGUAGCAGUUUGGUUUUAUCUAGGAUUGUGAAGUAGGUCUACCAUGAUGUGCCAAUCGUUGAAAUAAAGGUAGAGGCACGCCUUUAGAUAAUAAUAUUAUAAUUUCUAAGCCAACAAGAUAUGGUUCUUUGAUUAAUGGAUACAUAAAUGGCUCCACCUAAAAAUAAACGACCCCAAAGUGGGACAAAAAGCCCAGGAAGGGCUGUGUACUUAAAGAAAUAUUUCACGGUAGAAUUUUUAAAGAAACUCUUAUUUGAUCCUCAUUACUUAACUCCAGUGUGUAUUUUGUUAAUUGUAUUUGAGAUGAUUCUAAAUGUGUUCAUAAUUGAAAGAGUUAAGUACACCGAAAUCGACUGGAACGCUUACAUGCAAGAAGUUGAGGGCUUUUUAAAUGGAACAUUAGAUUAUAAGGAAUUGAGAGGUGAUACUGGACCUUUGGUAUAUCCUGCCGGUUUCGUCUACAUCUACACCAUUUUUUACUACGUAACAUCCCAUGGCGAAAACAUUUACCUUGCGCAAUACAUAUUUUUAGUGUUGUACUUAAUACAAACGUUGCUUGUGCAAAGAAUAUUCAAGAAGACUUUGAAACUGCCCCCCUAUGCUCUUAUCAUUGCAACUUUAACUUCCUACCGAAUACAUUCGAUAUUUGUACUACGUCUUUUUAAUGAUCCCAUCGCUGUAUUGUUGUUUUAUGCCAGCUUGAACUUAUUUAUUUCCAACAAAUGGAUACUUGGAAGCAUUUUUUACUCCUUAGCAGUUUCUGUUAAGAUGAAUAUUUUACUUUACGCGCCUUGCCUUCUUUUAGCAUAUCUUACGAAUAUGUCGUUAUUUGAGACGAUUAUCCAUUUAUUUAUUUGUGGUGUUGUGCAGUUAAUUCUAGGCCUUCCCUUUUUAUAUGGCAAUUUUAUUUCAUACAUUAAAGGUAGCUUCAAUUUUGGCAGGGUCUUUGAACAUAAAUGGACGGUGAAUUACAGGUUUCUACCUAGAGAAUAUUUCGAGAAUCCUUUCUUCCACAUCUUUCUUCUUUUUCUGCAUAUGCUUUUACUUAUAUUGUUCCUGCCCUACAUGCUGAAAUAUCUGAGAAGUUACGCUAAAUUGAGCAUAGUUACUGACGAACUGAAGAUUCAUUUGGAAAACGAUAAAAAGAAGAAGAGGAAGGAGGCUGAAAAGCUGAGUAAAGAUCAACAGCAGUUUUUGGACUCUUUUGAGAAGCAACUCCAAGGCAGUGGCGGACAGAGAGAAAGUAGUGAAGAACAAUUCAAAUUGGAGGAUAACCUUUCAAAGAUAACACAGCUUUUUGUGCUGCCGUUUUUCGUGACAAACUUGAUAGGUAUGACUUGUGCACGUUCUCUGCACUACCAAUUCUAUAGUUGGUAUUUUCAUAGUUUAGUUUAUUUAGUUUUCUGUACGGGGUACAGUAAACCAUACAUGUUUUUGCUGCUAGGACUUAUCGAGUACUGUUGGAAUGUCUAUCCCAGUACGGUAUUUUCUAGUACCUUACUACACCUCUGCCAUAUUGUUUUAUUAUUUCGAGUGUACAAGACAAUGAGUACGUGAAGAAUUUACUUUAAGAUGUUUCUGUUCUAUUUAAUAAAACU